AUGAUCCUAAAACGACUGCUGGGUAGCACUACCUCCCUCCUCGCUGCCCUCAGCCUACUUGCCGUUCCCUCUCUAGUGCUCGCGAAGAAGGACGGCCCCGAGAUAUCCAAGACCAAGUUCGACACUGAGUUACAGGACAUCUUCUACUUCGACGAUUCCAAUAUUAUACUUGGCCACGAUCCAGACCUAGGCAAUGCCUGGCGCAGUGAUGAUGCCGGCGCAACCUGGUCCUUGAUCAAGGACGCUGAAGGAGAGGCUCUCGCUGUCUACCCUCAUCCAUGGAACAAUCAACGUGCUUACAUACUGGGCACCGAUAGAGACCAUUGGGUGACUACAAACCAGGGCAAGAGCUGGUCGAGAUGGAACAGUGGCCACCAAUUCGCCAUGAUAGCCAAUGGCAGGCCUUUCAGCUUUCAUGCCCGCGAUCCCAAAAAGGUCAUCUGGAACGGUCAAGAUUGUUCACCUGGUUUCCUAGGAGGCUGCAGUACUUUGAGCUACUACACCGACGACGAUUUUGCGCAUGCGAAUACUUUAACAAAAGGUGUCCCAGGAGGCUGCGUCUGGGCUGUCCAGACACCCAUGUUUGGAGAAGCAUUCGCCGAAGAAAUCGACAACAGAGUAUAUUGCAUCAGAUCUGGGCCCAAAAGCAUAUUUGGUAGUGACUAUAGACUGACGGGCAGUGAUGAUUUCUUUAAGAGUGGCGAAGGGGUAGAACCUGCUAUCAAUACCGGCCGUGCUGUUAGUGGUGUUCUCAGUGUAGCUGCAGUCAAGAACUACAUGGUUGUAGCAGCGAAGGGCGAGAAUACAGAUGAGCUUGCUCUCUUCGUGACAGAUGAUACCAUCACCUGGCAUAGGGCCGAAUUCGGACAACACAGAAUCACAGAGGAGGCAUAUACUAUUCUAGAGAGCACAAAUUACAGCAUGCAGGUCGACGUCCUAGGCUCGAGGUCUAUCAACCCCAUGGGUUACCUCUUCUCCUCCAACUCGAACGGUACCUAUUUUACCCGAAUCAUCGACUACACGAAUCGAAACAUAUGGGGUAACGUGGAUUUUGAAAAGGUGGCCGAUAUACAGGGUAUCUAUCUGGUCAAUACUGUCAAGAAUUGGGAAGAUGUCAAAGGUGCUCUGAAUGGCGAGAAACAGGUCGUUACACAAAUUACCUUCGAUGAUGGAAGGACCUUCCAGGAUCUCACCAUAGACGGUGAUCGUUUACACUUACACUCUGUCACAGAAGCUCGUAUAGGUGGCCGCAUCUUUUCUAGCCCAGCCCCUGGCAUUGUUAUGGGUGUGGGAAAUACUGGCAAACAGCUCAAAUCAUGGGAAGAGGGAGAUUUAUAUGUUUCCGACGACGCUGGAAUAACCUGGAGACGUGCAUUGAAAGGUCCUCAUCUCUACGAGUUUGGCAAUUCAGGUGCAAUUCUAGUGGCGAUUGAGAGUGGAGAUUCAACUAGCGUCAUUCAGUACUCACUUGACCACGGUAGAACCUGGCACAAGGCAGACUUGGACAAGAAGAUACGCGCUAGCUUCAUUACCACAGUACCAGACUCAACCACCCUGAGCUUCGUGGUUGGUGGUGCACAUGGUUCAGGUUUCGAUGAGGAAUUCUAUCUGAUCAAGGUCGACUUUGCAGGCUUACACGAAAGGACCUGUGGAAAAGGUGAUUUCGAGGAGAAAUGGCCUGCUCGAGUCGAUGAAAAGGGCAACCCUAGCUGUAUCAUGGGUCACAAGCAGUUCUAUCGCAGGCGAAAAGCUGAGGCAGAUUGCGUUAUAGAUGAUGACUUUAAGGAUCCUGAGAUCACCUUCGAGCCGUGCGAGUGCACAAAAGCAGAUUUUGAAUGUGAUUUCAACUUCGAAAGGUCUGAGGACCGUCAAGAAUGCAAGCCUGUGGAAGUACUGCCUGUGCCGGAGGGCGUCUGCAAGAAUCCUGGCGACACUUUCCUUGGCAGUUCUGGUUGGCGAAAAAUACCCGGCAAUGCCUGCAAAGGUGGCAUCGACAUGGCCAAGGAGGUUGAGAGACCUUGCGCGGACACUAUUGGAAAGCCAGCGACUGGAGAAGUAUCGUCAGAAAAGACACUCUUCAAUGCAGCUGGCUUCAGUCAGUGGUUCUACCUCGAAAGAGAGAGCACUUCGCACGGUAACGAUGAGACAAUCAUCAUGCUCACUACCGAGCAGGAUAUCUAUCUCACCAAGGACCAUGGCAAGACCUGGGCCCCAAUCCUGCAAGACGAGUCAAUUGUCGCGAUCAUGCCUAACCCGAAAUUCCAUGAUGCUGUCUACUUUUUGACAGACUCCAGCAAGGUAUUCUAUACCGUUGAUCGAGGUGAAAGAUUCGACUCGUUCAAAGUGCCAAAACCACCAAGCAACAACAAGCUGCCUGUACUGAAAUUUCAUCCAGAUUACAAAGACUGGCUCUUGUGGUCGGGACUGGAGAACACGCAAGACCGAACAAAUAUCUACUACAGCACCGAUAGAGGCGACAACUGGAAGACCCUUGUUCGAGGCGCGCGGAAGUGUGACUACAUCCAUCGUGCUGAUAAAGACCAACUUAUCUUUUGUGAGCGUUAUCAAAAAGAGGAUCCAGAAACUGACGUCCUCGAACUGCUUUCAUCUGAUAAUUUCUUCGCAAAGGAAGAACUCAUCUACAACAAUAUCCUCGACUUUGCGACCAUGAAUGAAUUUAUCAUCGUGGCUCAAAAAACAGAAGACGGCCGUGAUCUUCAUGUUGAUACUAGCGUGGACGGUCAGACUUUCGCAGCAGCCAAUUUCCCACGUAACUUCGCGGUCAAGCACCAGCAGGCCUAUACCGUCAUGGACAGCAGUACUCAUGCAGUGUUUUUGCACGUUACAGUCAAUCCUUCACAAGGCCAAGAGUACGGAACAAUUAUCAAAUCCAAUAGCAAUGGCACAAACUAUGUCAAGGUCAUGGAUAACGUAAAUCGAGAUACGCCAGGAUAUGUCGACUUCGAAAAGAUGCCAGGUCUGGAAGGUGUUGCUAUGAUCAACGUCGUUGCCAAUGUGGAAGGUGUGAAUGAUGGGAACAAGAAAAAUCUGAAGUCAAUGAUAUCUCACAAUGACGGAUCUGACUGGUCUCUCCUACCACCACCCAGGAAAGACGCUAAUGGUGGUGACUACAAGUGUGUCAAGGAGGAUCAGAAAGCAACAGCUGACUGCUCAUUGCAUGUUCACAGCUAUACUGAACGAAGAGACAAGUCCGCCACUUUCGGCUCACCCACUUCUGUUGGCAUAAUGAUGGCUGUUGGCAACGUAGGAUCUCAACUCGAUAGAAAAGAUGGUGAGACAACAGACACUUUCAUUACCAGUGAUGCUGGUAUCACAUGGAAGUCUGUUCGAAAGGGCUCUUUUAUGUGGGAAUAUGGUGAUCAAGGUAGCAUUAUUGUCAUCGUGGCCGAAGAACGAGCGACGCGAUCUGUUUUCUACUCACUCGACGAGGGUGAUAGCUGGGAAGAAUAUGUGUUCAGUCCCGACGUUGAUAUGGAAAUCAGCUAUAUCACCACCGUACCGAGCGAUAACUCGAGGAAUUUCCUCCUCUGGGGUCGCGAGGUCGGUUCAGGCAACAAGCCCGGUGUGAUGACGGUCAAUCUAGAUUUCUCAGAACUUGAAGAACGACAUCGCCAAUGUGUCCUUGACGAAGAGGAUCCAGCGAAUUCGAAAGACUAUUACCUAUGGGAGCCACGCCAUCCUUUCCAGAACGAGAACUGCCUCUUCGGACAUGUCGCACAAUACCAUCGCAAGAAGAAGGAUGCACAAUGUUAUAACGGGGUCAGGCUGGAGGAAGGUCCGCACGUCAUCGUACGCAAUUGUACAUGCUCAAGACAAGACUACGAGUGCGACUAUAACUACCAACGCCUCGGCGAUGGUACAUGCGAAUUAGUACCUGGAUACGAGCCGCCAGAUCACAAGCAGGUCUGUGAAAAUAAAGGUGCGAGGGUCUGGUGGGAGCCGACCGGAUACAGAAAGAUUCCUCUGAGCACAUGCGAAGGCGGACAAGAACUCGACAAGAUCGUUGAGCAGCCAUGUCCCGGCUUCGAGGAUGAAUUCGCCAAGAAGCAUGGUCUCAGCGGUAUAGCUAUAUUCUUCAUCUUGAUCGUCUCCCUUGCUGGCGCCGGUGGUAUCGGCUAUUGGGUCUGGGACCAAUACAACAAGCGAGGCGGCCUAUCUGGCAUGGGCUUCGGUCAGAUCCACCUCGGCGAAUCACUCAGCAACGUCGCAGGUGGUCCAGGUAGGAGUUCAGGAGAAUCGCCUCUCGUGACGAUUCCUGUCGCCAUCAUUGCCGCUGUCGUUGCCGUGGCGAAGACACUGCCUUUGCUCGCGACUAGCUUGUUCCGAAGUGCGAAGGGUUAUAUGCCUGUUGGAGGCGGGAGUCGCGGUACUUCGACGGGUCCGUACAGGAGUAGAGAUGCCUUUGCGAAUAGGCGGCAGGACUACUCUGAUCCGGCUUUUGUGGAGGAUGAUGAGCUGCUUGGAGAUGAUGAUGAAGAGGUAUAG